AUGAUCGUACCACGUCAAUCCCGUGCCCCGGACCGGUACACACCCCUUGCCCGGGUCCCCCUUCAUAGUCACACCCCCUGCCCCCUCAUGCCAUCCGCUCCCCCGCCCCCACCCUCCGCGUGCCCUGCUCCCUUGCCGCCUCUUUUGACCCUCCCUGCCCCCUCGCCGUUUUCCCACCGCCCGCAUUCGCUCCUCCCCGCCCGUGCGCGUCCCCCUCGUUACCUUCUCCUCCCCCCUCCCCUCCUCUGCUGCACGCCUCUUCCUUCCCCUCGCCGACCCAACUCCACUCCCUGCCCCCUCCUCAAUCCGCACCCUGCCCCUCGUAUCUCGCCCCCCCUAUGCUUGGUUUCUCCCCUCCCUGCCCCUCGCCGCCUUUCUCCGCUCCCCACCUCCCCCCUCUCCCUGCGCCCCCCACUCUCCCCCCCUUGCCCUUGGCUUCCUACCUCCCUGCCCACCUUUCCCCCCUCCGUGUGCUCAGCUUCUCCCCUCCCUGCCCCUCCCUCCUCCCGCCCUGCCCCUCAUUUUCCGCCCCCCACGCCCGGUUUCUCCCCUCUCCCCGCGCCUCCCUUUCUUCUCGUCCGUGCCUCUCCUUUGCUCCCUCCCUGCCCCCCGCCUGCCCAUGCCCCUGUCUUUGGCUUCUCCCCUCCCUGCCCCACGUUUUCUUCCCUCCCUGCCCCCCCUCUGCCCCUCCCUUGUUUUCCCCUCACCCAUUGCUUCUCCCUCCCUGCCCUUGAUUUCCCGCACCCCUGCCCUUGUUUCCUACCAUCCAUGCCCCUCGUUUCCCCCCUUUGUACGUUCAGCCUCUUCCCUCCCUGCCCCUCCCCUCCUCCCCCCUGCCCUUUGCGUUCCCCUCGUUACGCUCCCUUCUCCCCAUCCCUGCUGCCCUCUUGCCACCAUCAGCCCAUCCGCACCACCAGCCCCCCUCCCACCCUUCUCUCCCCCCCCUCCCUUUCCCUCUCUCUCUCUCUCUCUCUCUCUCGUCUCUCUCUCUCUCUUUCUCACACACACACGCACACUCCCCUCCCCCACCCCCCACCCACGUCCUCCCAUUCCGCCCCUCCCUGCCCCUUUCCCACCCCCUCGCACGCCCCUCACCUCCCACCUCCGUGCAACUGGUUUCCCCCCUAUGGUGCCUCCCUUGCAUCGCUCGCCCCUCUGCUCACCCUCUGCCCGCCCCUUUUCCGUGCCCUCAGCUGGCCCAGCCCCUGCCGUUGCUGCCCCUCCCCUUGCCCCCUCAACUCCCCUGCCCCCCGUACACCCCAGUCCCAUCCAACGCCCCCACCCUCCCCCGGCUGCCCGUUUCCGCUCUCCACCCCCGCGACCGUGUGCGGCUUCCAACCGCCCAACGGUGUCACACCCCCUGCCCCUCAUGCCAUCCGCUCCCCCCCGCCCCCACCCUCCGCGUGCCUGCUCCCUUGCCGCCUCUUUGACCCUCCCUGCCCCCCUCGCCGUUUCCCACCGCCCGCCAUUCGCUCCUCCCCGCCCGUGCGCAUCCCCUCGUUUACCUUCUCCUCCCCCCUCCCCUCCUCUGCUGCACGCCUCUUCCUUCCCCUCGCCGACCCACUCCACUCCCUGCCCCUCCUCAAUCCGCACCCUGCCCCUCGUAUCUCGCCCCCCUAUGCUUGGUUUCUCCCCUCCCUGCCCCUCGCCGCCUUUCUCCGCUCCCCACCUCCCCCCUCUCCCUGCCCCCCCACUCUCCCCCCCUUGCCCUUGGCUUCCUACCUCCCUGCCCCACCUUUCCCCCUCCGUGUGCUCAGCUUCUCCCCUCCCUGCCCCUCCCUCCUCCCCGCCCUGCCCCUCAUUUUCCGCCCCCCCACGCCCGGUUUCUCCCCUCCCCGCCUCCCUUUCUUCUCUCCGUGCCUCUCCUUUGCUCCCUCCCUGCCCCCGCCUGCCCAUGCCCCUGUCUUUGGCUUCUCCCCUCCCUGCCCCACGUUUCUUCCCUCCCUGCCCCCCGCUCUGGCCCUCCCUUGUUUUUCCCCUCACCCAUUGCUUCUCCCCUCCCUGCCCUUGAUUUCCCGCACCCCUGCCCUUGUUUCCUACCAUCCAUGCCCCUCGUUUCCCCCCUUUGUACGUUCAGCCUCUUCCCUCCCUGCCCCUCCCCUCCUCCCCCCCCUGCCCUUUGCGUUCCCCUCGUUACGCUCCCUUCUCCCCAUCCCUGCUGCCCUCUUGCCACCAUCAGCCCAUCCGCACCACCAGCCCCCUCCCACCCUUCUCUCCCCCCCCCUCCCUUUCCUAUCUCUCUCUCUCUCUCUCUCUCUCUUUCUCACACACACACGCACACUCCCCUCCCCCACCCCCCACCCACGUCCUCCCAUUCCGCCCCUCCCUGCCCCUUUCCCACCCCCUCGCACGCCCCUCACCUCCCACCUCCGUGCAACUGGUUUCCCCCCCUAUGGUGCCUCCCUUGCAUCGCUCGCCCCUCUGCUCACCCUCUGCCCGCCCCUUUUUCCGUGCCCUCAGCUGGCCCAGCCCCUGCCCGUUGCUGCCCCUCCCCUUGCCCCCUCAACUCCCCAUGCCCCCCGUACACCCCAGUCCCAUCCAACCGCCCCCACCCUCCCCCGGCUGCCCGUUUCCGCUCUCCACCCCCGCGACCGGGUGCGGCUUCCAACCGCCCACGGUGGUGCGCACGGGGCGUUUCUUUCGCACGGGCAAGCCUCCCCGGGGGGCCCCCACCCCGCUGAGUCGUUUCACACCCCCUGCCCCCUCAUGCCAUCCGCUCCCCCCCGCCCCCACCCUCCGCGUGCCCGCUCCCUUGCCGCCUCUUUUGACCCUCCCUGCCCCCCUCGACCGUUUCCCACCGCCCGCCAUUUCGCUCCUCCCCGCCCGUGCGCUCCCCUCGUUUACCUUCUCCUCCCCCCUCCCCUCCUCUGCUGCACGCCUCUUCCUUCCCUCGCCGACCCACUCCACUCCCUGCCCCUCCUCAAUCCGCACCCUGCCCCUCGUAUCUCGCCCCCCUAUGCUUGGUUUCUCCCUCCCUGCCCCUCGCCGCCUUUCUCCGCUCCCCACCUCCCCCCUCUCCCUGCCCCCCCACUCUCCCCCCCUUGCCCUUGGCUUCCUACCUCCCUGCCCACCUUUCCCCCCUCCGUGUGCUCAGCUUCUCCCCUCCCUGCCCCUCCCUCCUCCCCGCCCUGCCCCUCAUUUUCCGCCCCCCCACGCCCGGUUUCUCCCCUCCCCGCGCCUCCCUUUCUUUCUCCGUGCCUCUCCUUUGCUCCCUCCCUGCCCCGCCUGCCCAUGCCCCUGUCUUUGGCUUCUCCCCUCCCUGCCCCACGUUUCUUCCCUCCCUGCCCCCCCUCUGCCCCUCCCUUGUUUUCCCCUCACCCAUUGCUUCUCCCCUCCCUGCCCUUGAUUUCCUGCACCCCUGCCCUUGUUUCCUACCAUCCAUGCCCCUCGUUCCCCCCUUUGUACGUUCAGCCUCUUCCCUCCCUGCCCCUCCCCUCCUCCCCCCCUGCCCUUUGCUUUCCCUCGGCCCCCAGCAGACUUUUCUCCCCCCAGCCCCCGUCUCCCGGCCCUCAGUACCUCCGUGCACGGUCUCCUGCCACCCUUGGUCCCGCUCUGUCCCACCUCCCCCCUCCCCUCCCAGCCUUCUCCCUAUCACCACCCUCAUGUUCCCCCACUUCCCUGCCCACACCAUACCUCCUCCACCCCCCCUCCCGCAGUCCCCACUUCCAUUUUGCCUCCCCACACCUCUACGAGCCGUACUUCCCCCUCCAGCCCCCCUUUCCCCCCAGCCAAGGUCUACGCCCCUUGCCUCUGCUCCCUGCGCUGUGCCGUCCCCAACCUCCCUCCCGCCUCACCUCCGGCACCAGACCGCCUCUCCCUCCCCCAGCCAACCUCUGCACCCCCUGUUCCUGCCCCUUGUGCCUUCCAACACCCUACCCCAACCCCCCCCAGUCUCCCCCUUCUCCAGCAGCCAUAUUUCCUCCCCCCUGGGGCUCGCCCAUCCGCUAUUAUCACCCUUCAUCGAUUCCCCAAUUCCCUCUGUCCCCUGUUUCCCGGCCCCGCAUUCUAUUUUGCAUUUACCACAGCGCCUCCUUUCGGUGCCCUCUCUGCUCUCCCACGUUCUCACCCCCCGGCCCCCAACCUUCUCUUUACCCGCUACCAGGCUCACGCCAACUCGACUACCCACUACCCUUUGCCCCUUCCUCUCUGUUCCCCACCCUUCCUCCCCCACUUUGCUCCACCUGCCCACCCCCACCUCCCGUUGAAUUCUGUCCCGCCCCUCCCCACCUCUGGCCCACCACCUUUCCCCACACCCUGCUCACCCACCGCUACAUCGCCCCCCGCUCCCCCACCUCCACUACAGCCCGCCAACACUUCCCCUCUCAACCGGCCCCCAGCCCGCCCCCCCCUUGGGCCCCCAUCCCCUCCAACUGUCAGGCCCCCUCUACCCCUCUCUUCCACCCACUGCGCACCGCUUUCCCCACCCUUUUCCCUUUUUCCCAAGCUAACCCCCCGCACCCCGGCCUCUGCCAGGGAGUUUCUUCCCCCUUUGACGCCCUCUUGAGCCAACUCCAGCAACUCACACCGCCACCCGCCAGGCAUGCUGCCUCUGUAACAAUGCCCCAGCACCCCGCGAGUGGGGGAAAGGCAGACCCGGGAGCCCCUCGGCGAUCUGGGAGGUCCCGCAGCCGAGCCACCCCCUACACAUCCACCCCCCCCACUUCAACAUGGAAGGAGCAGCAGAGGCUGCAGAGGACGGGGCAGCAAAGGCUGCACGGGAAGGGGCAAGGGAGAUUGUGGGGGAAGGGGCAGCAGAGGCUGCAGAGGAAAGGGCAGCAGAGGCUGCAGAGGAAAGGGCAGCAGAGGCUGCAAUGGAAGGGGCAGCAGAGGCUGCACAGGAAGGGGCGGCAGGGGGGCGUGACUUUGGCCAGGCAAAGGGCAGAGGCCAUGGAGACAGGUUUUGCAGAAGAAGGGCCCACAGGACCCGCUGCUGAUUCGGCUGGGGGAACCGCAGCAGGGGAGGCUAUAGGGACCGCAUCAGGUGAGGCCGCACAGACCGCAGCAGGUGAGGCUGCAGGGACCACAGCGGGUGAGGCUGCAGGAGGGACCAUGGCAGGUGAGGCCGCAAGGACCGCAGCAGGUGAGGCUGCAGGGGCCGCAGCAGGUGAGGCUGCAGGGGCCGCAGCAGGUGAGGCUGAGCAGAUUCUAGCAGGUGAGGCUGCACAGACUACAGCAGGUGAGGCCGCAAGGUCUGCAGCAGGUGAGGCCACAGGGACUGCAGCAGGUGAGGCUGCAGGGACCGCGGCAGGUGAGGCUGCAGGGACUGCGGCAGGUGAGGCUGCAGGGACUGCAGCAGGUGAGGCUGCAGGGACUGCAGCAGGUGAGGCCGCAGGGACUGCAGGUGAGGCCGCAGGGAGCGCAGCAGGUGAGAUUGCAAGGGCCGCAGCAGGUGAGGCUGCAGGGGCCGCAGCAUGUGAGGUUGAGCAGAUUCUAGCAGGUGAGGCUGCACAGACUACAGCAGGUGAGGCCGCAGGGACUGCACCAGGUGAGGCUGCAGGGACUGCGGCAGGGGGAGGUGCUACGGGGGCUGCAGCGGGGAAGGGGGUAACGGGGAUUGGUGCGAGGGAGAGUGCCGCCCCGGCUGUAGCAGAGAAGGUGCGGCAAGGGCUGGAGUGGGAGAGGGGACUGCAGAGGCCUCAAAGGCAGAAGGUGAGGCUGCAGCUUGAAGCAGCAGGGAGGGCCAUAGCACGGCCAGUAGGGGCGGCAGGCGCCGCAGCAAGCGCGGUGAAGCACACAGCAGGGCCGGCAGAGACUGCAGAAGGGGCUAGCAGUAAAGCGGCAGCAGGUGGGGUGGGCUCGGGGGACAUAGGGGCAACAGGGGGAGGAGAGGCGAGCGAGGUCCCAACCGGAGGGACCACUGAAGGGGGGGAUGUGAUAGUGAUAGAGGAGGAUGAGGUAGAGGACGUGAUGCACAUCGACGGGCCACUGGCCCAAUACCUCACGCUUGACGGUCCCUGUAGCAUCCAGGGGGCAGCCAAGGCCCUGGCCUUCUUGGCGGAGCCGUGCUCCCCGACCCCCACGCUGUUCCAUGGCCAGCCCCCCUCUCUGUCCCCAACGGCUGACCCCACGGUUACAGGCGGUCCACCGGGAGAGCGCGCGGGGCAGCAAAACCUCUGCCCCCACCCUCAGGGGCUCCCCCGAGCACCACGUGGAGCAGCCAGGGCUCUGGCCUUCCUAGAGGAGCCAUGCUCCCCGACUCCUACCAACACCCAGCCACCCCCUUCCGGCCCACUACCCCCCCCUCCACCAGGCCCUCCCCCACCCGCCCCAACACGCUCACCCAACGGGCUGCCCUCCUCACACCACCCCCCCCAGGCAGCCGAGACCCACCCGCAAGGGCUUGUGCCCCAGGCUCAUGGAAGCAACGGCACCCUGGUGGAGGGGCCCACAGAAGAGGCCACCACAGAGCCCACACAAACCUCUCUCCCCCCACCGCUUGUACCUCGCUCUAACCUCCACACUGGCCCAACGCCUCGACCACCCCCUCCAACCCCCUCUCCCGGCCGGGUUCCCCACGAGUGGCCACGUUGGGCAGCCAUCAUCCCCCACGCACAGCCCACCCGAUCUGUUCCCACGGAGGGAGCCCCUCCCACCCCACAUCCCGCUGAACCCUUACAGGCCCCUACCCCUACAGGCCGACCACCAAACUUACACUCCCGUCCCGCACCUGCACCUCCACAGGGCCAUGGGAGCGGACCAGCCCACUCACCCCCGGGCCGCCUCUCCCUUGCUCUACCCCCCCCCCAGGUGGUGGCGGCGGCCGCGAGCCCUGCCGGGAUGGUGGCCGACGGGUUGAGGGAUGCGCCCAUGGCAGACGCCACCGACUCCCCCUCCCAUCCCUCCCACCCCUUCCAUGUCGACGACCCCCUACCGCAACCCAUGGUGAUUGGGGAGGGCCAAGGGGGCCUUCUAGGGCAGGGUCCACACCCGAGCUCUGCUCAGCCAGUACGCCCCACCCCCACCCUCUACCCUGCCAGCCCUCCUACUCUCACCUACAGACAGGCAGGUUAUCAGGACCCAGAGGAGGUGAGGGCUGGCAUCUCAGAUCUGCUGGCGAUACAGCACCCGAGCAGCUCCCCGGCUGCCCCCACCCUACCAGCCCCACAGGUCCGGAUCCGGACGUAUGCGGAGGUCACACGUUCUGUCCCUUCUUUUAUCCCCUCCGCUACUGAGCCAGGCGCGUCACUCCCGUCCCCAAUGGAGACGGACCUGGUUCUGAGGCCGGGUCACUCGCACCUAGACGGGGUGGCGCCUCCCCCCGUUCAGCCCGGGGCGCAGGAGGUCACCAGCAUUAGGGAUGAGGCGCCCGCCCCUGCCGAGACCCCUGCAGAGCCGCCACUUGGACCGCACCCCGCCGAGGGGCAGGGGCACACCACGGCACACACUUCAGGCUCACCCUCCACAUCCCCCCUCCUUAGCUUCGAGACCGGUACCAGCAGGAGGCCCGGCCCCAUCCUGUGUGGCACCUCCUCUAUCUUCUCCGACACCCCCCCCUGCGCGGGGCAGGUGAGUCGUCUCCUCCCCCUCAUCCCAGGCGAUCCUCUUGGAGCUCAGGCCGCCCAUGGGGCCCCCUCUACAGCCAGUUCCGACGCCACGGCCCCGAUUGACCCCGCCGACACGGCGACAUCACCCGACCAGGUCAACCCGGAGGCUGCUGGCCCUACCUUCCUCCUCGCUGUGGCGCCGACCCUUUUCCUCGCUCCAGCGACGCCACCCGACCGCUCGCACACGGCUGCCAUUGCAACGCGCAUCUCCCGCUUUGGUCGAGGGACCUGGGCUUGUCGUGAGGACGUCCGAGAGGCCGCCCUAGACCAGAUCUUCCUCCCCAUCCGUCUCGGGGGUUUCGGCAUUCGGCGCAUGGCGCGCAUUGCCCCGAGCUUCGCUUCUGGUGAGCCAGAGCAGAUCGACCGGGCUCUGCAGACGGCGCUAGAGGGUCUCCCACCUGACGUUCUCCCUCUCCUUCCCUCCUGGCCCUCUUGCGCUUCUGCCUCCCCUGAUUCCCUUUUUGCAGGAGCGAGCCGCCUUCUGGAGGCGCAUGCCUUGGAGGCCUUGGAGGCGGCUCGGGCGAGACUGCAGGGACAGCCGGUGGUGGGGGAGGAGACACGGUUGAGGGACCGCUGGAGAAGAGGGGCGAGGCGGGACAGCCGGGCAGCGGGAGGCAGUCGGGACAGCAUCAGCUGCGGGGGUCGGGUGGCGCGAGGGGCAGGCGGGCAGAGGGGAGGGCAGGGGGAGCAGACGGGCCAGGACGUGGAAGGGGGACAGCAGGGGCAGCAGCAGGAGAGCCAGCGGGGGCCGCGGGCCCAGGGCGUCGCACCUCCGGGUGUGGGCUCGGGGGGAGUGGGAGAGGCAGCAGGGGAUCGAGCAGGGGGGUUGGGAGGGUUGGAGGAGGGUAGAGAGGGGGAGAGGAGAGGACAGGUGGGUGGAGGAGAGGAGAGGGGGAGAGAGACGACCGGAGAGGAGGCACCGAGGGACCAGACAGGGCAGCAGCCAGCGCAGCAGCAGGGACCAGUCGGACGCACAGGCCGGGUAGGCACCUCCUCCCGCAUCCCAGACCUCACCUGCCGCGAAGUUGGGCAGAGUUUGAUGGUUCUUGUGGAUGUCUCCAUAGCGGAUCCACAGCGGGAGGGGAACGUCCAGCUGAGACGGGCGACCCCCACACAGAUUGGAGUGGCAGCAGCUAGGCGGGUGCAGGAGAAGCUGCGUCACCUGGGGGCCGCACUUAGAGGGUUUGCAGCCGGCACCACACUUUUACGCGUGCGUGGCGGAGACUUUUGGCCUUCUGAGCGAGCCGCUGCGUUAGUUUUUGGGGCUCUGCGCAAAGAGGAUAGCACAGCGGAGGAGGGAUAG